CUUUGUUCUCACCGGCGACUGUGCUUCAAAAUUCCUAAUUUGUGUAAUCGUGAGUUCAAUUCUCAUUCAUUCUGAUUGCUCACAAAUCAUGGGUGGUGUAUUAUCUUCGAUUGUAGGCGGACAGGAGGAUUCCGCCGUGGAAUCGUCUGAACCGUCGCGCGUCACCGCCUUUCACUCGUCGGCGCGCUGGCAGCUCCAUUUCGAUGCCUCCAAGAAAUUAAAUAAACUGAUGGUGGUGGAUUUCACUGCGACAUGGUGCGGGCCGUGCAAGUUCAUGGCGCCGGCCUUCGAUGCGAUGUCCGCCAAAUACACCGACGUCGACUUCGUCAAAAUUGAUGUCGAUGAACUUGCUGACGUGGCAAGGGAGUUCGCAGUGCAGGCGAUGCCAUCGUUCGUGUUGCUAAAGCAGGGGAAAGAGGUUGAUCGGGUCGUCGGGGCAAAGAAGGAUGAGCUUGAGAAUAAAAUUUUGAAGCACAGGGAAGCUCCUAAAUUUGCUGCAUAAACUUUUACUAUUUGAUUUAAAGGAUUUAUCUAUUCAGCUCAUAUGGUAUAUUAUGUGUAAACUGGACGUGAGUGAAUCCACUCGAUUGUGAAGGCAUUUGUGAACAAAGUUGAACAUUAGUGUAUGUCAUUCUCAUUGGGAAUCUGUUCACAUUUGAUUGAAAUUUCAAGUGUCUGGAGAGUGAUUGAAAUCUACUUUAUAUUGAAGUAAUAAACUUUUUUUCUUGUUUUAAGCGGUAA